AUGUCGAACGAAAAAGGUGCCUGUCAAACCAAGGCGACCGUGCGAAUCAAGGAAAACGAGGAGGACGAGAAGGAAAUCAUCCCGCUUGAUCGAGAUGACAUUGCGCUGCUCAAACUCUACGGCUCCGGCCCCUACCACGUGACGAUCAAGGAGCUCGAGGACUACGUCAAGACGAAGGCGGAGCAGCUCAAUAAGCUGGCGGGGAUGAAAGAAAGCGAGAUGGGGCUCGCCCCGGCGGUGCAGUGGGAUUUGAACGCGGAUCGUCAGGUGAUGGAGACGGAAAGCUCCCUCCACGUGGGUCGUUGCCAGCGGAUUAUUAACAAAGGCCAGGAGAACGCCCGCUAUGUGGUUCGCAUCCGCGAUCAUGCGAAUUACGUCGUGAAACUCGGCGAUCGCGUCGCGCCGGAGGAUAUCGAGGAGUCGAUGCGCGUCGGGAUUCACAUGGGGUAUAGUAAAAUUCAGAUUGAAAUCCCCCUCCCCCCUCGGAUCGACCCCUCCGUGAGUAUGAUGCAGGUGGAGGAUAAACCGGACGUCACCUACGCCGAUGUCGGCGGGAUGGCGACGCAGAUCGAGCGGCUUCGCGAGGUCGUCGAGCUGCCGUUAACCCAUCCGGAAAAGUACACGCGAUUGGGGAUUGAUCCGCCGAAAGGCAUCCUCUUGUAUGGCCCCCCCGGGACCGGUAAAACCCUCCUCGCGAAGGCCGUGGCGAACCGCACGGACGCGACCUUUAUCCGCGUGAUCGGCUCCGAGCUCGUGCAGCGGUAUAUCGGCGAGGGCGCGCGCAUGGUGCGCGAGAUUUUCCAACUCGCGCGGACGAAAAAGGCGUGCGUGAUUUUUUUUGACGAGGUCGACGCCGUCGGCGGGAGCCGCGGCGGCGACGGCGAUAACGAAAUCGAACGGACGAUGCUGGAAAUGGUCAACCAAAUGGACGGCUUCGACGCGCGCGGGAAUGUGAAGGUGAUUAUGGCGACGAAUCGGCCGGAUACCCUGGAUCCCGCGCUCACCCGCCCGGGGCGGAUGGAUCGUCGGCUCGAAAUCGGCCUCCCGGAUCUCGAAGGCCGGAGUGGGAUUCUCCGAAUCCACGCCCGGUCGAUGUCGUGCGCGAAGGGCAUUCGAUUUGAGCUGAUCGCACGACUUUGCCCGAACACGACGGGGGCGGAUCUCCGCUCGGUGUGCACGGAGGCCGGGAUGUUCGCGAUCCGCGCGCGGCGGAAGACGAUCACCGAGCGCGAUUUCCUCGAGGCCGUGAAUAAGGUGAUUAAAGGGCAGCAUAAAUUCAGCGCCACGGCGAAGUAUAUGGUCUACAACUGA